UAUUGUAGGGCAAUCGAUUAGAAUUUGACGAGGUUGAAUCUGGUGCAUCUGUUGCCGACAGUUGUUUAAGUUUCGGCACAAUUCGUGUCACCAUCAUCACUAUGAAGCGUGGACUAAGAACUACAACCAUGAAAACUUGCGCACUGUUCCUGCUGAUUACAGCAUACUUUGAAAGCAUAGUGUGUCAGGAACAAAUUUCUACAGCAGACUGGGCUGCUGUCACACAAACCAAUCCACGUGUACUUGUUUUGUUUUAUGAUCAAUCAAAACCUCCAAGUGAAGAUAUUCAAAAAUUGUUUACCACAUAUACAGCACCAACUGGUUUUACUGGAGAUUUGAAGGUAGUCCAGUCAACAGAUACAGUAUUAGCUAAUAGUUUUGGUAUCACUGAAUUUCCUAGUGUUUUAUUUAACCGAGAUAAUUCUCCUGUACCUUAUGAUGGUGAUAUAAAUGAUGAAGAACUGUCUGAUUGGUUAAUACAAGCACAGGAAGUAGCUACUAAAGUAUUAGUUGAUUUAACAUUUGAACAUCAGACACAAGCUAUAACUGGUGGUACAACAGGUGAUUGGUUGGUUGUAUUUUAUAAAGAUUCAUGUAGUUCAUCUUUAACAACAUUUGAAACAGUAGCUGUCAGGUUGAAGGGUAAAACCAAUGUAGCUAAAGUUAAUAUAGAUGAAAAUCCUAAACUUGUUAGUAGAUUUGCUAUUACUAAAUGUCCUACAACUAUAUUUUUCCGUCAAGGAACAAUGUAUCGUCAUGAAGUAGAUAAAUAUACUGUGAAGAUUCUACUGUCUUUUGUUCAAGCCUGGUACAGAAAUAUGAAAGCUGAAAAAAUCCCCUUUGAACCUACAGCCUUCGACAAAGCUACAGAGAACAUUGCAUUAUUUAUAAAAAAACAGUUAAAUGGACCUAACCGUAAAAUUAUACUAGGUGUUGGAGGAGGUAUUGGUGGACUCCUAGCUUUAAUCAUAUUAGUCUGCUGCUGUCGUCGUGCAAAAUCACCUACGAAAGAAAAAACACAAUAAAUUAUUUAAUAAUAUCUUAGUUAUUUUAUUAAUAUUUUUAUGCAAUCUAAUUCUCAAACUGCAUUUCAUAGAAUCUGUCCAUUUAUUAAGUACUUAAUUUUUCCGAUUUUAAGUUUCUGAUGGUUAUUUUUAAUCCCUUGCAAACAACAGUAUAUUGAAAGCUAAAUAUCCAAAAAGAAUGUCAAUAAAUAAAUGGUUCAAUUUCAUUCAGUAUUCAUAAAGAUGAAUUGAAAAUUUGUCAACAUUUGGUAUUCUCUGCAGUUGUUAAACGGGAUAUGGACAAUUUGCUAAAAUCUGUUUUUAAUGUUCAGGAUUGAAUCCAUCCUUGGAGAUUAUCUACCUUUGACAUUUUGAUAAUUUUUUCUUAAUUAAAUGUUAAAUAAUCCUUUUUAUAUGCCCACAUAGACACAGUAUAGAUAAUCAGUUUGAUUACUCAGUACUUUUGAAAAAGAUAAAUGUGCAAUUAAUCAAUAUGUUUGUUCAGUUAAGACCAUGGUAUUCAAUGUUCCCAAAAUAAGACACAUGCAUUAAAUUAUUACAAUUAAAAGGUGGGUUGUCAUCUUGGCAACAACAGUAGUUAGUCUUUUUAAAAUGCAAAGACUUAAAUGCAAUAUGGUUUACAUCAAUAUCAACAAAUUUGAACAUAAAGAAUAAAACACUAGAAUAUAAGAAAAUUAAAUGAAGAGUUGCACCCCCUCCCCCCUCCACCGAUCCCUCAGCUUUAAUCUUUUGUGAAUCUAUUGACUAGUCAUACUCAAAAUCAUUUUAUCUAGUGCAUAAUGUAGGCCUAUGUAUUAUUAUGUAACUUAUAAAUAAAAUUCCUGUCUUCAUUAGCCUAGUAGGAGCAGAACAGUAGGAUGUUAAACUCCAUAAAUAAAAUCAUCAGUGUUCCAUUACCACUGUUAUCCAUGUCCUGUCUUGCGUGUAAUAUUUAUUCAUCACAUUUUUAAUGUGCUUAGAAUUAAGUUUCUACUGCAGUGCUUUAGAAGUGGAAUAGUUUUGGUAUACAAAUUGUCUAUAUAUGCUUGCAUUUACUGGUGAUGGUGUAAAUGGUUUUUUUUAAAAAAUUAUUUUGUGUUUUAUUGUGAUAAUUACAAUCAGAUUAAAAUACAGAUCUAUAUUUUGUUUUGUGUUUUUAUACUUUUAAUGGCCUCUAAUGAAGUAAAGACAAUUAAUUUUUUUGAACUAUAAAAAAUGAAGUGAAAUAGGAUCUGUGUUUUAAUCUGAUUGUGAUAAGUACAUGUUAAUGUAUUCAAGGCAUAAUUCAAAUUUAUUGAUGCAAUGUGUAUGUUUGUUCCAGUGUCAUCAAUUGAAAACAUUCCUUGUUUAAUUCAAUAAAAUUCUGUUUUUAUGGUU